AUGGCCAAGAGAACUACCAAGGUCGGUAUCACCGGCAAGUACGGUGUUAGAUACGGUGCUUCCCUCCGUAAGCAAGUCAAGCGCAUGGAAGUCUCCCAGCACGCCCGUUACACCUGCACAUUCUGCGGUCGCAACACUGUCCGCCGUCACUCCGUCGGUAUCUGGCACUGCUCUGGCUGCAAGAAGACCAUCACUGGUGGCGCCUACACUCUCGCUACCCCUGCUGCCUCGGCUGCUCGUUCCACCCUCCGUCGCUUGCGCGAAAUCAACGAGUAA